UGCACAACCACAAGUGGUUUGCCAACCGCCAUUAAAACAAGAAGAAGAAGAAGAAGGUUAGGACUGAGGUCAGUGUGAGGGGGUUAACGUAACUGGGCAGUGUGAAACACAAGAAGUAAGAAAGAGCAUGUUGAGCAGAAUUGGACAUGUUCGCAGGUGUGCAGCCGGCUUGAAUCCCUUGCUAGGCAUUUUGGCCUCCAGACAGAAGCACACACUUCCAGAUCUGCCUUAUGACUACGGUGCACUAGAACCUCACAUCUCAGCUGAGAUCAUGCAGCUUCACCACAACAAGCACCAUGCAACAUACGUCAACAACCUUAAUGUUACUGAAGAGAAAUAUCAAGAGGCUCUGGCCAAAGGUGAUGUAACAGCACAAGUGGCCCUUCAGGCAGCACUGAAGUUUAAUGGCGGUGGUCACAUCAACCACACCAUCUUCUGGACAAACCUGUCACCGAACGGUGGGGGAGAACCACAGGGUGAGCUGAUGGAGGCCAUUAAGCGUGACUUUGGCUCAUUCCAGAAGAUGAAGGAGAAGAUGUCUUCUGCCACUGUGGCAGUUCAAGGAUCAGGCUGGGGAUGGCUGGGGUACGAUAAGGAGAACGGAAGGCUGAGGAUUGCUGCGUGUGCAAACCAAGAUCCUCUGCAGGGAACCACUGGUCUCGUCCCGCUGCUCGGCAUUGAUGUCUGGGAACACGCCUACUAUCUUCAGUACAAAAACGUCAGACCUGACUACGUUAAAGCCAUAUGGAACAUUACAAACUGGGAGAAUGUUAAUGAGCGCUUUCAAGCUGCCAAGAAGUAAAACAAUCACAUCUCUGACGAUAAUCUAGUCUUCUUCAAAACGCACAAACACCACACCACAUUAUUAAUGUCAAAUUUCAUAACCGCUAGUACAAGAAGAGGAGGUGUGAUAAAAACCAGAGCUCUUUUGUCCGAAUCUCUCAGACUCUCAAGUCACCAAAAUAAUGUGUUUGUUUUCAGUAUGUGUAAUUAAACCAUUAUUUAAACCAAA